CAACUACUAUGAUCAGGGGGCCUCAUUAUCAUCUUCUUCUCGUCCGUUUCUCCAUACGUAGUUUCGUAUCAAUUUCCUCCCAAUCUCCAGCCGAGUCCAUCACGGCAGCUACGGGAGAUCGGAUAUUUGAAGAUCGUUCCGAUUCUCUCUGCUGGAGAAAUAGUUGGUGAUAUUCUGGUUCGUGAUAAAUUGCUAGGAUUAUUAUCAAGGGUGUACUCUGGCAAUUCGCGGAGAUACGCAUUGCCACUUAUUUAUCCUGUGAUUUUGAAAUUCUGUGAUUGCUUUGCUCUCUAAACUCAGUGAAGGAUCUCUGUUCAAUACCUAAAACUGAGCAGCCUUAGAGAUUCAAAAGGACUCGGUAGUGCUGAAUAUAGAGUGCUCGCUGCUUGUUGCUUGCUCUCUUGUAUACGGGACAGUGCAUGCAAGAUGGCUGGUGUAAAACGAAGAUUGCAUAAUGAUUCAGAUAUUCGUGCGCUUCACAAAGAGUUGGACGAGGUGUCCUGUGCCAUCUGCAUGGAUUACCCACAUAAUGCUGUUUUACUCAUGUGUAGCUCUCAUGACAAGGGUUGCAGAUCUUAUAUAUGCGAUACAAGUUACAGACAUUCUAAUUGCCUAGACAGAUUUAAGAAACUGAAGUUGAAUUCUACAAGCAGUCCAUCCAGUUCCUUCUCUAGAAACUCAGAAACUUCUAACAACGCCACUGAUAAUAACAACACUGCUUUAUCUAAUGGAUCACUUGAAGCUUUAAGGGAAGACAGCAGUAGAGACAACAACAGUCGAAACAAUACUGAAAAUGUAGGAGCUCAGGUGGGAGGUACUCUAGAGCGAAGUGGUUCUUUGCUUGUUGAAGAUUCUUCAGAGUUGAAACUGAGUAUGAAAUGCCCUUUGUGCCGAGGAGAUGUGCUGGGAUGGGAGGUUGUAGAGGAGGCCAGGAACUAUCUCAACCUGAAAAGCAGAAGCUGUUCCAGGGAGUCUUGCUCUUUUUCCGGCAACUACCAGGAGCUGCGGAGGCACGCUAGGCGGGUCCACCCAAUGAGCCGGCCAUCUGAUAUUGACCCAUCAAGGGAACGGGCUUGGAGGCGCCUUGAGCAUCAGAGAGAUUAUGGAGAUAUUGUCAGUGCUAUCCGAUCGGCGAUUCCUGGUGCUGUUGUAGUUGGAGACUAUGUAAUCGAGAAUGGGGAUGGUGGUAGGUUUCCGAGUGAGAGGGAAAAUGGACCAUGGUGGACCACCUUCUUCUUGUUUCAAAUGAUCGGGUCCAUGGACUCUGGCAGUGGGUCGAGGCCUAGGCCUCGUCCCUGGAGGAGGCAUCAGAGCAGGCGGUUUGGUGGUGGGCAUUCUCAGAGGCGAAUGCUCUGGGGCGAGAACUUGUUGGGCCUGCAAGAUGAAGAUGACGAUGAGGAUGCUGAAGAUACCGAUGGUGGCACCCGCCAAUACAGUGAUGGUGGCGAAGACGGGUCUCCUGUCCCGAGGCGUCGGAGGCGUUUGGUGCGAUCGAGGUCGGAUGAGGAACAGUAACGACGGAUCCCUUCACGCAUGUGGCGGUGGACGUGAGACUUACCCUAGGCACUAUAAUCUUCUUCUCGAGAGAGGGUCAACCUCAGAUGUUUUCAUUGUUGUGGGUCCGACGGCAGUAAACAUCCGAUCGUUCUUCAGCAACUAGCUGUUGUGAUUGACCUGGCUCAAUGGUGGUGCUCUCAUUGACUCGGUUUCUACUCUACCUGGGAUUGGCAACUUGAAAUGACCUAUCCUGACGUGCCCAUCUCUGGUAUUUCAGUCCUCAAGUUCUCUCCAAUGGGGGAAAUGCGGAAGCUCCGGGUCUGGGCCCCGGAGAGAUUGCAACGUUACUGGUCUGGUUCGGUUUGAAAUUUGUCUUUCAACCUAAAGAAGAUUGAUGUUGAAGGCUGAUUGCUUUGCAGCCUCAACAAAGCUGUGUGGCUCAAUAUGUAUUUGCUUGGACAAAGAUGUGUUUUGGCUUUAAUUAAUUGUUGUUUGUCAUGCUAUAUAGAAUGCGAUCUAAAUUUAGUUAGCAAAGUUGGCAGUUUGUACUUUGGGUAUGAAAUUGCUCAGAAUUAUUGAAUCCUUCCUUAAAUUAAACACAGUACGUCCUUGUGA